UAAACGGAUCGUAGACUAAUUACAAUAUCCUUAGAAUCUACAGCUACAGAAUUUUAUGGUUUCAAUAUCAAAAGUCCCAACGCGUCCACCCCACUGACCAGCACGGAACACUACAAAUAUAUUUCUUUCAAUCCACCAAAACCAGCCUGCAGCACACCACAGGCUUUGGCGGGCAUCAACAAAUAUGCUUCGAUUUUUCAACUCAAAGGAGGAGAGCCCAUCGUAUUUUGCUGGAAGUAAGCGGAAACGUGGGGAACAGGAAGAAGAGGGAGAUGAGCAAUUGGGUCAAACGGCUCCAGAGGCGGGUUCGGGAGAAGGUAGCUCUGCUCAGGUAGUUGGGACUAUAGAGGAUGACACAGAGGGGGAUGAAGACGGUACGAAUCAGAAGAAACGAAAGGUUGAUGAUAUAGAGGACGGUGAGGAUGAGGAUGCGAUUGCGUCUGACGCUGGAGACGGAUUUACUGCGGACGGAAAAAUCAAUACUGCAUUAUUGGACCCGAUAACAGUGGCGAAAUAUGAGAAGAAAAAGGCAAAGCAGAAGGAAAGGCAGGAGAAAAGGAAAGAGAAAGAGAUUCUCAAACAGAAAGGCCCGGAAUAUAACGCUUCGUUCCGGCAUACUUUGCGUCCCCAAGAAUGGAGUUAUAUCAGGGUGAAACUGACUCUGAUUCCCGCGUCAAUCUCAACCCCGAUGCCAAAAGUAAUCGACGUCCUGACAAUCUACACAAUUCUCUCGAGCGCGUUAAAGCGAAGUUUAGGCAACGUCGGCUCAUCCUUCCAGCUCGACGUCCUACAAGCCUCGUCGGUCGAAAACAUCGUGAUCCGCGUGCCGAGCAGUAACCUCGAAGCAGCGCGGGCGGCGCUGAGCGCGUACAAUGUCGACACGAAUGUUCCGGCUGCGUUGGGCGGUGGUGCGAAGGCGGUUGAUGGAUGCGCGAGUUUGGGGGUUACGGUGGUGGGGGCCAGUUCGUUUUUGGCGGGCGUUGUGGGGCCGUCUAGGAUAUGGAAGCCGCCUAGUUGAGUUAUCGAUUGUGUAGUUACAGGGAAUAUAUAAGUUGGACAAUGUACGAUUGUAGCCUGCAGAAGCAGCAACACAAAUCAAUUAAAAUGGCAAUUUACGAAUGGAGAGAGCGGAAGAGAGAAUGUGAACUAUCUUUCUUUUUGGAAUUUAAGAACUGAAGAUGAGCCGGAUGUGCUCACGAUAUUAUAAGGAACAGAGAAGAUAGAAUAUUUAACAAAGAGGAGAUCCGGACUAUUCCAGCUAGUAAGAUAGUAAGACAAAAAAAACAAACAAAACUAGAAAAGUAAGAAGAAACUGAUCGAAGACGUUGAGCAACCAUAAUAACAAUGCGGAAAAGAUAAAAAGAUAAAAAUCGCCAAU